AUUGGGGUAUGGUGAUUUCAGAAACUUGGGUUUCUUUUUAGCCACUCCUUAGCAAAAUACUUGACCAAACUCUUGUUCUUUUUUUCCUUAUAUUGAUAAUUAAGAAAUCGAUCAAGAAACCAGAAGAUUACAAAUACAGGGGAUACCUGAAGAACACGGGUAAAAAGAUGGGUUCUCAAAAGCAAGGGUUCAUCUGGAUUUCAGGGCUUUUGUUUCUUAAUUUCCUUCUCUUAUCCGUGGCUGAUGUCCACUACUACGACUUCUUUUUGCAAGAAUCCCAGUUUACAAAGCUGUGUAGCACGAAGAACAUCUUGACCGUAAACGGCAGCUUCCCAGGGCCUGAAAUUCGAGUUCUCAGCGGAGACACUGUUCUCGUCAAUGUCCACAAUCAAGCGAACAGCGCUGUUUCCAUCAAGUGGGAGGGCAUUGAGGAAUCGAUUAAUGGUUCAAAUGAUAUGAUUCAGCCAGGAAGAAACUUCACUUACGAGAUUGAAUUACACAACGAGAUCGGAACUCUAUGGUGGCACGCCACCAGUGCAUGGGCUAGUGCAACCGUCCACGGUGCCCUUGUCGUUUUGCCUGCAGUUAACGAAGACUAUCCUUUCCCUACACUUGAUUCAGAUCAAACAAUUAUACUUGGAGAAUGGUUCAGGCAAGAGUUAACCCAAGCCAAUCAAACCAUAGCUUCCGGCCAAGCCGAUGCGUACACCAUCAACGGACAUCCCGGUGAAACAUAUGGAUGCAGCAACGAUACAACAUUCGACUAUCAAGUAAAUUACGGGGGACUUUAUCUUGUUCGCGUUAUAAAUGCCGUUGGCGACACAAUGAUAUUCGGUAUUGCAUACCACAGCUUCACCAUCGUCGGACAGAAUGGGGCAUACAGCAGACGCUCCUUCAGAAAUUCACUAACCCUGGCCCCCGGCCAAGUGAUCGACGUUUUGUUGUGCCCAAACCAGAAUCUAGGCCAUUAUUACAUUACUGCUCGACCUUCCUCGGACACCACACAUACUACCCUCGGAAUUCUACGGUAUGCCACUACCACCGCCAACACUAAUGCUUAAUUUAGUUAAUGGUCUCCUUAUGUUAAAGGGUUUGAUUAGUAAGGUUGAUAUACAAAUAAGCGAUUCAAUAUGGAUAUAGGUGUGGAAAUAAUGCGUUUUCAUUUAUAAGUUGUGAUUGAUUGAUGUAUGCUGCUUGAACGAGUAGUUUUCGAUGAUGUAAUUUGGCAU